AUGAGUAAUUCAGGAUUGCGUUCUCCGGAUCCCCUUCCUCCAUUGCAGCCCUUGCUUUCCUCUGUCGCGGAAAACGCGUCGAAUCUCGCUGCGGAGGAGAGACAUCAGCACCAUAAUCUCCACAAUCAACAUCAACAUCCACAUGCUCUAGAGCAAACCCAUGACGAAGUCGAUCACGAUGCUCAAUCGCUGCAGCCGCUACAGUCUGUAGUGGAGGGAUUCGAUCACUAUGAUCUCCGCCAGCAACACCACGCAACGCAGUCGAUUCCACAAGGAUCUCAAUACAGAUUGCUGCUGCCUAAGGAACCAUCACCCCCCGUCCUAGACUCACAUGCACAACCCGAAGCAUACAACCCGAACAAAUCCAUCUUCUCCUCGAAAGAACACGGAUACCUACGCGAUCUAGAGUCAAUUGUCGAUCCCCCAGAUCUAGAAGCUUGGAGGGAACGACUCUUCCAUCUAGAUGACAUGAUUGUCCUAAGUGAAGAGCAAUUCCGAACCUACUUCCCCCACGUCGACAACAUCUACUCCCACCGCUCAACCCAGCACUAUAAACGCAAACCGCUCGUCUCGCAUUACUGGGACUGCCGCCUUAAGGGCCGGCCCCCCGGCACCCCGAAAUCCGACGACCCAGCGAAGAAGAAGCGCAAACGCACAGCCCGCCAACGCGACCUCUGCGACGUCAAGAUCAAAAUCACAGAGUAUUUCCCAGGGUACGCGGCCGGGAAUACCAGCGGCAGCGACGCAGACUUUAUCCCGCUGCCGAUGUCUCCCCCCCCCGGCGGUGCCGAUGUUGGCGCCAUCGAUCCACCGCUCCCGGCGGAGUCUUUGCCUGGGGUGAGUGCGCUGCUGCUGCAGUGUCCUGCGGCGAGAGACACUGCUGGUCUGAAUCAGCCGUUCGGCGUGCUUACCCCCAGUCCGGCUUUACCGGAGGGCCAUCCCGGCGCGAAUGGGCAGCGGUUUUUCACGAUUCAGCGCGUCAAUGGCAAUGGGGCGAAUGGGAAACAUGAUGGGGUGAGUGGUGGGCAUCGGCAUUCCUUGGAAGAAAGCGAUCGCGUGAAGAAGAACAGCGUCCAGCGGUUCCUUCUAAAGGAGGUGCGAGAAAGGAAGAAAUCGGUAGCUGAGAUUGCUGUAUAUCUAUCUAUGGCUGUUACGUCACAUCACGCCGUGGAACUUGUUUUCCCCCGCUUUUCGAUGCUACCUGUCUCGCUCCAACCUUCUACUAUCACUAGGACAAUGUCCGCUCAACCCCCGUCCGUCCCAAAAACGUACCAUACCAAAGCCACAGGCUCGGCCGCCGAGACCGUGGCGAACCAUUCCAAAGAAUCCGAUUUAAAGCUCUACGGGAGUUGUUUCUGUCCGUUCGUGCAGCGUGUGUGGAUAGCUCUGGAGCUCAAAGGCAUUCCCUAUGAAUAUAUCGAAGUAGAUCCAUAUCAGAAACCCCAGUCCCUGCUGGAAGUAAAUCCAAGGGGGCUUGUCCCGGCAUUGCGGCAUGGAAGUUGGGGAUCUUAUGAGAGCUCGGUCUUGCUCGAAUAUAUUGAGGAUUUGAAUUUCGACCCUCCCCUGCUUCCACAGGGGGACGCAAAACUGCGUGCUCAUUGCCGGUUGUGGACAGACUUUAUUAACCGCCACAUUGUGCCCAACUUUUACCGUCUUCUCCAAGAGCAAGACCAGCGAAAGCAAAUUGCAAAUGCGCAGGAGCUCCACGAUGCAUUUAACACGCUGGUUGCGGCUGCGGAUACUCAGGGGCCGUUCUUCCUGGGACCAGACAUCUCUUUUGUGGAUGUUCAAGUGGCCCCAUGGAUGGUUCGACUGAGCCGUGUCUUAAAACCAUAUCGUGGCUGGCCGGAGCCGGAGCCAGGAAGUCGGUGGGCCGCUUGGGUGGACGCACUCGAGGCCAACGAGCAUAUCCAGGCGACCACCAGCACGGAUGAUCUCUAUCUCGACAGCUACGAGCGAUAUGCAGAGAAUCGUCCAAACACUUCCCAGCUUGCGAAUGCGAUUAACUCCGGAAAAGGUCUGCCCUAA